UUAAUGAUCAUAAUUUUUAUUUGAAUAAACUUUCAGUUCGAUAAAUUAGAUGACAUAGCGUAUAAGGUUGUGAACAUGAUGGACAAGUUUCUAAUUCUAAUCAGUCUUGGAAUUUUUUGGGGUUGUUAUUGCAAGAUUCAAGCACAAACGCCAGAAAAUUUGGAACUCUUGUUGUUGACGGUGGCAUCCGAGGAAAGCGAUGGAUACAAAAGAUUUAUGAAUGCAGCAAACUAUUUGAAUCUUAAUGUUGUGGUUCUAGGUAUGAAUGGACAGUGUUCUUCUGGAAAAAAAGUUCAAUGCCUUGCAGCUGAAUCCAAUCAGAUGUUCGACUUAAUCGAGAAAGCACUGAAGAAAUACAAAGACGACGAAAACUUGGUCGUGAUGUUUACUGAAAAUGAGAAUACGAUCCUUGCGAAAGGGAAAGAUAAAAUUCUGGAAAAGUUUUUAACGAUGAAUUCAAGAAUUGUGUUUUCUUCUGAGAGCACGCCACCAGAACAAGACAAUAGCGACGUACUUCCGAUAAAACUAGGAGAUUAUUACAUAUCGAAGAGUGGCAUGAUCGGAUAUGCAAAAGAAAUGUGGACACUUGCCAGUCAAUGGAAAGAUUCGGAAGAAGAGGAGGAACAGCGAUACUUAACGUUGUUAUAUGGGAAUUCCAAAUCUAAGAAAAAAUGGAACGCAACUUUAGACACCGAAAGAGAGAUUUUCAAUAAUAUGAUAACAGUUGACGAGGAGAAUGAUACGUCAAUUGAAGGCGAAUCUGAUGCACUUAUCGUUUCUUAUAAGAAUGAAACGUUUCCUAUCGUCACUCAGGGCACCGGGAAGGCAAAGGCUCAUAUCAAUCAUCUUGGUAACUACAUUCCAAACGGAAUGAAUUUGAAGGAAGGAAUUUGCUUAACUUGUCAGCAAGAUCUGCUUGUGCUCGAUUUCACAUCAAAGGAAACGACACCACACGUUUUACUUGCCAUAUUUGUGGUAAAAGGAUCUCCUUUUAUCGAAGAUUUCUUCAAAAAAAUUGUCAAUCUGGAUUACGACAAAUCAAGAAUAUCAUUGUAUAUACAUUCAAUGGAAAGAGAUAAUGAACGUUGGGUAUCGAAAUUUUUACUUCGGAACAGAGAUUUGUACAAAUCUGUUGUCUCAGUUGGGUACCAUGACAACAAAGACGAAUGGACUCAACGGAAUUUGGCAGUAAAACAUUGCUUAAAGAUCAAUUGCGACUACUUUUUCAAUGUUGAUUCUUUGGUACAAAUUACUAAUACAAGCACUCUCAAAUUUCUCAUGGAAAAAGACAGGCAGUUCAUAGCACCUGUUGUGAAAAAGUAUAGACGGUACUGGUCUAAUUUCUGGGGAGCGGUCAAAAGAAACGGUUUCUACAAAAAAUCUAGAGAUUAUGAUCUCAUCGUUGAUGCCGAAAUAAGGGGAAUUUGGAACGUUCCUUAUAUAGAUUCGAUCUAUUUGAUAAAAGCUUCAACGCUCAGAAAUUUGGCGAAAAGGGAACCAACGAUUUACGGCGAUGGCACGAUGCUAGAUUAUGACAACGACCCAUUCGAUGCAGCAAUGUGCUUUUGCCAUAAUAUCCGAGAACAGAACGUUUUUAUGUACAUCACAAAUGAAGUAGAAUUUGGAAGAUUGAUGGCCGAGAGAAGUGCGGAGAAUGUUAAAGAUGAUGACGACGACGAUGACGAUGAUGAUGACGACGACGAUGACGACAAAAAAGAUAAAAUAGGCAAAAUUAAACAUAAACUUCAUCCAGACCUAUGGGAGAUAAAAAGAAACAGACAGGAAUGGGAAGAGAAAUAUGUUCACCCUGAUUUCCAUAAAGUUCUUGAUCCAGACACAGAGGUUCUUCAGCCUUGUCCUGAUGUCUAUGUCUUUCCUUUGCUAUCUGAGGUGUUGUCUGACCAGCUGAUUGAGACUGUCGAAGAAGCUAAUAUCUGGUCAAGUGGGAAAAAUGAGGAUCCAAGAGUUCAAGGCGGGUAUGAAAACGUACCUACUAUUGAUGUCCGCAUGGAUCAGCUUGGUUUUCAUAAAGAAUGGCUGUAUUUUAUGAAUAAAUACCCUAAGAAAGUCCUCAAGAAAGUUUUUCCAGGAUAUGGUGCCGAUGGGUAUUCUAGAACGAUGUUCAUUGUACGAUACAAACCUACAGAACAACCUCUGCUGGCACCCCAUCACGACCAUGCAACAUGGACAAUAAAUAUAGCACUUAAUACACAGAAGAUAGACUACGAGGGAGGCGGAGCAAGAUUUCUCAGAUAUAACUGUUCAGUUACUGACCUUCCCAAAGGCUGGGGAAUUCUACAUCCGGGUAGAUUGACACAUUAUCACGAAGGACUUCCAACAACUAAAGGAACGAGAUACAUUCUCGUCAAUUUCAUGGAUCCUUGAUAUAACGGAAAAUACUUGGCAUUGGUGCCAAUUUUUUUCAUAUCCUUGAUAUUGGCGUAUGAAUGUACAAUUGUAUAAUGUCUACUAGUUGUGCAAUUUACUUUGAUUUUUGUUACUAUAUCAUAGAGAAAUAUUGCAAUAUUUACAAGAUGGAUGAUAUUUUGUCUAAGCGGAGGUUUUGUUUGUCAUUUCACAACUUUCUACAAAAUACAAUCAUCAAAAUAAAAAUUGGCGUGGUA